GGCAACAACGCUGAAACUAAGAAUUUUUUUAGAAUCGUUCUUAUUUGAAGCUGAAAACGGGAAAGAUGCGUCCUAAAUAUUACACUCCCAACGAGGUAGCAGUGCACAACACUCUUAAAGAUAUUUGGGUGUCCUUCUUGGGUAAAGUUUACGAUUUAACGCCACUAUGUGAGAAGUACGAAGGGAGCAUUUUGUUAAAGCCUGUCGUCGCCAGCGCUGGAAAAGACAUCUCUCAUUGGUUUGACAAGAAGACAAAUGAUAUUCGAACGCACGUGGACCCUGCCACAAAGUGCGUCUUUCCCUACUCGCCUCAUGGCCGCUUUGUCCACAUCCCGCCCCCUUCUCCACGUACCGACUGGGCCAAUGACUUUGGCAGACCGUGGUGGAAAGACGAGGGAUACUGCAUUGGGAUCUUAUCCAAGAAGACAAGAAUGGUCAAGGUCAUUAACACUCUCACAUCACAAGAACAGAUUAUAGAGGUUUGCUCGGAAGAGACCAUGGAUGAGAUUCUCCAGCGGUACUUGAAGUGGAACGAGCACGCGGCCAGCUACACCUGGAAAUAUGAGGGCGCGAACCUCGACAUGAACCAGACGCUGGAGGAGAACGGCAUCUCGGACGAGGAUGAGGAGUUCUACAAGCUCAGCAUGAACGACGACGAGUACCUUCGAGCUAUCCACCUCUACUUCAACGAUGACCUGACGGAAGCCUGAUGUCGCACCAUCAUUCGUUUGUCGAGCAAAAGUGCCCUUUUUCAUGCAAGGCACAAGAGUAGUGUUAAAACAUGAACUCACAAUUUCAAAAAGCUGUAUAUUUCAGCAUGUGUCAAUCAGAGAAGCAAAUUCGUGGAUGCAUCCCCAACAUUUAUAAACAUGCCCGAUUUUGUAUGGUGAUUACUAUAUAAUUUCACUUAGAAUAUGUUUCUAAAAUUUCCUUCUGUUUACAGGAUUACAAAGACCUAUAUAAUAAUGUAUUUAGACCAGGAGUCUAAAUGACUGUAGGCAUUAAGCCACUUCUUAAUUUAAUGUAAAUAAAUUAAGCAAAACUCAAGCUCUUUGCAAUCCUCAUAGAAAUUGGUAAGACAUAUAGAUAGGGGGGGGGGGAUAUAUUUAUGAAAGGGAUCAAUAGAAAAGAAACAUAGUAAUCAUUCACAUUAAAGCAGUAAAAAAGAUUAAUUGAAUAGUGGAAGUUUAAAAUGUUUCGGACCAAUAAGAGAACUAUGAAUUUUUGAAAUAAGAGAUCACUAAAUUUCAAUUAUUUGCCCCUAUCUUGUGUUAAUGUAUGUCUGUGUUUAUGCAUGAAAUUUUAUUUUCAUACAUGUGUACAUUUGUAAAUAUAUGUAUUUAAAUAUCACCUUUUAGUGUUUUCCAAAUUUCAAAAUUAAACUAUCAAGCUAUAUUAAAUCCGUUUGUUGAUUA